UACGUGCGGAACCAAUCGAAUAUGAAUAAGAUCUGGAGCACCGAAACGCUGCGAUUUUCCACUCACGAAAGUUCGACUGCCGGCUUCAUCAACUCCAUUGUUUAUGCUAAACCUAAAUCGUCCACCUUUGUACCUUCCUGGCAGCUGAUAACAAUUUUGAGAUGGAUUCCAAAUCCUUGCCUACCUCUACAACCUCGGAUGGGGAUUUUGUUGACAGUCCAGCCAGAAACAUGAUCCCACUGGACACGGUACUGAACCUCCGGCGAAUAGACACCGGCGGUAAGCUCUAUCGCUCAGCCAGGCAGGACCGCGCCUCGCCCGAUGACAUCCAACGCUUGGACGACCUCGGCAUCCGCACUUUUUUUGACAUGCGCAGCCCCAGCGAGUACCUGGGUGCGCGACAUGGACUGCUAAAAGUGAGAGCACUCGACCACUGCGUCCGAGUGGUUGUGCCACAGCUCCCAAACCCCAAGACCAAGCCAUACCCAACCAUUGGCGCCAUUCCGCUGAAGGACUUGAGUGGGAAACCAGUCAUCAAACCCAAGCCUUCGUCCCAAAUUCCCAGGCAGCGAUACCUCGUCAACAUGCUCCCCUUGACGUUGGUGUUCGCUGUCUUCUCCAUAGCCCCGAUCUACAAAAGUCUGCUCUGCAUCUUUGUUAUACUCAUUGAUGCUGUCCUCGGUACUGGACACAAAUAUUUGCUGCGAUUUUUCUCUCCUGAGGUCAAUCGCGUUGGCAUGGCUGGAGUGUAUUGUAGCAUUCUUGAGAAUGGAGGCAAACAGUUGUGUUUCAUCUUGAAGACCAUCUCGGACCCAGCCAAUCUCCCUGCAUUGCUGUGCUGUGCGCACGGCAAGGAUCGGACAGGAAUUGUGACGGCUAUGAUCCUAAGCAUUCUGGGUAAAUCAGACGAGUACAUUGCUGAAGAUUACGCUUUGUCAGUGGAAGGGCUGAAGCCUGUCCAGUCACGCGUCCACGGAGAAUUGGUGACCCAGUACAACCUGGACGAGUCCUUCGCGAUGGCCAAGAAAGAGACGAUGCUGAAGACGCUGGCAUUGCUCAGGGACAGGUACGGAUCGGUGGAGAACUUUCUGGAAUCCAUCGGUUUUAGCGGGGAGGACCAGGAGAAAUUACGCCAGGUGCUUUCUUGAGAGAUUUUCUGUAAGUUUUGAGGUAGUGCAAAUUGUCUAUACUUUUCUUGGCAACUGAGGGCGCUGUUUCUGUGAUGUCAUUUGGGAAGACAUUGUACAUUUUAUCAGUUUUAUUAUUAAAAUAUUGUUACCUGAAUUUUUUCUCAUCAAAAAACGUGGGAGAAAGGGUUGCUCAUAUAUAGUAAGCUCAUCACCAUGCACAACAAAACUUUAAAUCACCCAAAAACAAAACAAAAUGUAAGACACAAAAAAGGUGAUAAGAUUCCAGCAGUUUUGUGUGUACAAAUCAAUGCAACAGAGAGGUUGUUCUCCCUGAAAUGUGGAAUGACAUCACAGUUUUGCUCAUGAAUAUGAAAAUUUGCAUCAGUAAGUUUUUAAACCUAGCCACACUAAUAUCGAAAGACUGAAGAUGCAUUUCUAAGAGUUGAAGUAAGAAGUUGUAUUGCAUGGACCCUUUAAUGCAUGAAUCAGCAGUUGCUUUGCUCGUAAAGCUGUUAAUUUAUUGAUGCCGGUGAAUAAUUUAGAAUUUGGGAUUUUUUUACAUGCUUAUGUUUUAAGCCAUAUUUGUAAAAAAAUGAAUGUGAGGCAUGGAACUCAAAGUAGUCUGGCACCACCCCUUUUAGCAGUUUACAUUCAAUAGGAUAGAUUCAAGGAAUAUUGUCGUAAAUGGCUUCUUUGUGGAUAAGAUCUGUUGAAACUCUCAUCUCUUAUUAUUAUUUUAUUUCUUAAAAGUUAUUCUUUCGGGAAGUCCAAAUUGAUCAAGUUACUCGUGGUACAUUUGUGUAAUGUAACAGGAGAAGUAGAUUAAAUUAUUGACCGUCUCUGAGCUGUUCAAACAGUUGGUUUGUAACUUGUAACAAGUGAAACUAAUCAAAAUUUGAUGCCCAUACAUGUAUGUAAUUUUAAAAAAUCAUAUUAGCAUUAAAAAUGCUUAUGUGUGAUGCUAAGUUGUUUUUGUGACAGGUUGGAAAUUAUACUUGCCAAUUGCCAAGGCUUUCUCUUUACAGUGGCUUAAAAAGGCAUAUAUGUGAUUUCAAGUUUAUGCAUAAAUUUGCUGUUAGUGUGUGGAAUUUAGACAUUUUACAUUUUGUGAUAUGCUUGAUCGCAAAAAUACGACUUCUGAAACUUGUGAAAAGUCUCAGGCAAUGUGGUUUGAAGGGUCAGAAAGACGGGUUCAGAACUUUUGUCCAAAAUAUGACGCAGCUGAUACGAAGGGUGAGCACUGCACGCACCUUUCCAAUUUUUUUCUCUUUUUUGUGUUUUGUUUGUUUGUUGUUGUUUGUUUGUUCAUUGUUGUUUGUUUGUUCGUUGUUGUUUGUCUGUUAUUUUGGGCAUGUGUAUUCAGCUGUUUGGUUGUGUUUUUUUUAUUUUAGUACUACAACCUGUCAAGAAUCAGUAUUUUGCCAAUUGAUUGAACAAAUCCACCAAAUGUGUAACAAUAAUAUAUACUAUAAAAGUUUUGACGAUUAUGAGCUGUAUUAUUUUUGAAUUUAAAUUUAGUACUGUUGAAAAGAUCACAAAGCAGCAAAAGUACAACGUAUUUAAGACAUUUUGUAGAGAAAUAUACAUGUAGAUGAUGUUGUUGUAGAUUUUACAUACUUUAUAUUUUGUGUCAUUUAUUGCAGAUACAACAGUAGUUUUACAUGCAGAAUAAUACAAUUUUCCAAAUUAAUGAACACUGUGAUAACUUGUAUAGAAAAGGUAGGAAAAAAAACCUGCCAAAACAGGUGUUUGUAAAGGUUUGCCAAACCACAAAAGAAACUCGAAAAUAUGUGCAAUUCUGUCAAUGAGCUAUAAAAACUUUGAAAUAUUUGUCAACCCAUUGUCUUUAGCUCCUUGGGCUUCAGAAAAAAAAAAGCUUUCCAAACUUAUGCGAUGGUGUUGCAGACCAUUUGCUAAUCUGAGUAUCACCCAUUCUGCAGUACCAGUUGUGUGCAGCAUCGUCUGCAAGCAAGCUCCAUAACGUAGAUUAAUGAGUUGCAUAGUGUUAAACUUUGGGUCGUCAUACCCCAUGCAACGUAAUGGUAUCUCUUCUACACCGUAGUCUGUUUACCUCUGAAUGUGUAGAGACACGUGCACGGUGCAGAAUUAAGUGACAUGUUGGGGAAAAAACUGAGAUCUUUCAGUUUUGCUUUGAGUGAUUGUAAUUAGUUUCAUGAGUUGAUGAGAGUUCAACCCCAUCAAGAUCAAUUUUGGUUGCUGAAAAAAGGUCCGGAAAAUCUUCCCAUCCAAUUGCCAUCCUUUUCCACAUUUUUAAACUCCAACCUUCAAACUUUUUGAAUUUCAGUUUGUACAUCGUACAUUUAAUUUUGGUGAUAAUUCACGUAACAAAAUAUCCCCAUAACCCAAGCCCCCAACCCAAAGAUUUUUGACCUAAACUGAAUUGAGUUAACCUUUACAAUAUACACCCCUCAUUGUAAACUUUCUGCUAUUUUUAGCUGUUGAAGGACAAGAGACAUUUCUGUUAUCUCUAUAUAUAUUUACAUUACCCUUUUCCAUCAACAUUAAGUUUCAAGUACAGUCAUUUGCAAAAGUUUAAGACCACCCAUUCAAAAUGCAGUAACUCAAAGGAAAACCAAAUUUUAGCAAAUAAAUCUUUGAAACUUACGUUUAUUUUAUUUAUUUAUUUUUAAACGGCAAGAAAUGGUGCUUCAAAAAUUAACAUUUGUCCCAGUGAACUGCAAAGCUGCUUUAAUCUUUCAACAAGAACUCAAGGGAUCCUUCACAACAAUUUGCCGGAUCACAUGGUCUUCACGGGGGUAGUUUUUCUUGGACAACCAUGCCUUUUCUGGUCAGAAAAUGAGCCAUCUCUUUGAAAUUUGAAAUGGCAUGGUGCAUAGCAGUCUUGCUGCAACCAGCCCCCUUCAGAGUAGCUCAGGGUAGCCCUCUUGAUGGAGGGUUGCCAUUUGGGCCCAUUGAACCUGACCAAGACAGGCUUUUUUUCCCAUGCUGCAGCAAAGACAAAAUGCCAUACAAGACAUGUCUUGGCAAAAACUUGCAUUCACAUAGGCUCAUAGCACUACUUUCAUGUUAUGACCACUGUAGUAGACAUGUUAUGUAAUCAUCCGAUGAGACAAAGGAAUGCAGGCUCAUUGACAGAAAUACCCAUAAAUUCCAGGUGGUCUUAAACUUUUGCAAAGGACUGUACUAUUCAAAUUGGCGGUACAAAGCCGUUGGCCGUCAUGUUUACAAUAUGAGCGACUUCACGUCAAAUUCUGGUGCUGGGGACAUAGAAGCUUGGUUGACCUUAUAACAGCGCAUAAGUUGGUGAACCUUGAUCCAUGUGAUUAAUAUGUUGAAACUUGAAUCUUUGAGAGAUUUUCUGGAUUAGAAUAGGUUCAUUCUGUUUGCCAAUCGCUAUUAUCGCUGUCCAGAGUUUGAAAAUCUUAUUUGUAAUGGCAAGCAGAAUGGGAAAUGUGACCGAUCAUUCCAAACACAGGACCUAGACUGGUUUUUAUUUUGAUAUUUUGCAAUUCCUAUUUUCGUACUUCGAAGCCAUCCAAAGUAACAAUUUUUUCAGAAAUGGUUGAUAUUUUACGGACAAUGAAAGUUAUGAGAUUUUCAUGUUUUGUGUAUGAAAAAAUAGCUGAUAUUCCUUCAACCUAGUUAGUUUUGGAAUGGUAGGUCACAAAUUUGGUCUUUAAGUGUUUUUUGUUCGUUUACAGAGUGUGUUCUGUUUUGGCAAAGUUAAAACAUUUGUGGUACCUAAAUGAACAACUCAUGCAAUGCUUGAAUACGUAACCCUAUUCACCAAAGUCAACACCAGUCACAAGGGUCCAAUUUAGAUUAUUGAGCUGAAAUUGUUGUUUUAGAAGUGUCCUCUGGGGGCCAGUGACAGGCUAUGUAAAUAUAAUAUAACAUUGCUUUUUUUCUUGUGGAUGGGUUUCUUGAAAAAGCUUUUUGAUAAAUAGUGUACAAUUUUUGCAAGUUUGGUCAGUGCCAUAACAUUCAAAACAUGCAUACAGCUCCUUAAAAUUGUUACCGAC